GCCGUGUGAGGACAGAACACGUAUGAAGGGUCGUUGUUUACCUGUGAGAGGAGACCACAACCUGCUGCCCCCCGACACACACUCUGCGUCGGGGGUCAGGCUGACAGGGGGCGUGGCUUCCAGCUGUCAGCCACCCACUGGGUCGUCAAGGCAACGACUGUCAGCGUCUCCGACUCGUCGUCUGCGAUUUGAGGACGAGACGGAGACGGAGGCGGAGUCUCGUUAUGUGGAGCGACAGCAGCAGAGGAGACAUGUGGGACAGCAGGGGACAGGUGUCCUGUGGGGGACAGGUGUCCAGCGGGGGACAGGCGUCCAGCGGGGGACAAGCAUCCAGCGGGGGACAGGUGUCCAGCAGGGGACAGGUGUCCAGCAGGGGACAGGCGUCCAGCGGGGGACAAGCAUCCAGCGGGGGACAGGUGUCCUGUGGGGGACAGGCGUCCAGCAGGGGACAAGCAUCCAGCGGGGGACAGGCGUCCAGCGGGGGACAAGCGUCCUUGGGUCUAAACCUCACCUGAACUUGUACGUCAGUAAGAUGGGGGCGGGGCUUGUUGACAGACAGGCAGUAGUGGGGGGGCAAAGGUCAGGAGAUUUAGGGGCCAACCUGGACCUCCGUCUACACCCACCUGUAACAAAUGACAGGGGGCGGAGCUUAAACCUGCGGACUGAACCAAUCAGAGAGACCCAUAUUGGUUCUAUCACAGCUCAGGUGGAACGUAAUGGUGCCCAGAAGCCCAAGACCACGCCCACCAAUGACCUGCCAGUCAAUCCCUACGCCCCGGACUGGGUGGCCACGCCCCCUCAGCCCUUCAGAUGCCCCGCCCCCUUGUCUCCACCACUGAUUACGUCACAGACACGGGCCAGAGCCAAAGGCACCAAGGCAGCACAGGAUCUAAACCAGAACCAGGAGCAGCACCAGUCUGUGGUGGAGUGGAGGGAGGAGGACGGCCUGAAAGCCAAGAGCUCCUCCUCCUCCUCCUCCUCCUCCUCCUCCUCCUCCUCUGCAGGGAGGGGCUCAGCUGAGAGCCAAGCUCCGCCCACUCACCUCAGUCCUGACGAGGCGUCUCUUCCUCAACGGUUCAGCAGACACGAAUCUUCUCGUCUUUCUCUGCGACAUUUUUUCUCUAACGUCCGACUGACCAGGACUCGAACUAACAGCCUGGACCGGCUCAGCUCCGGGACCAAGGCCUCAGAUCAUGAUCCGGUCUCUUCAGGCACCAGAAGGUCUUCGCACCCACUGAGGAAAUCUCCGUCAGUUCAGGACUUCCCUAUUUUCCAACUGAGGAAAUCGUUGUCGGUUCAGAGUUUUGGAGUUUUGGAGCAGAAGAAAAAGGACUGAUCUGACUUCAUACCUGCUGGUUUUAUAACUGGACCCUGAUCAUUGCUUUACAGUCUCUGGUCUAAUGACCUCAUUACUGACCGUGAACUGGAUCUUCUACAUCUGAAUGAGACUCAGCAAAACCAGCAGGAUUUUGUUGCCCUCAACCAAGCUGCUCCCCUGAGUUAUGUGUAUCUCCAGAGACCCCAUUCUGUCGCCAUGUUGGUGGCUGAGUCUGGGUCUCCUCAGCUCCUGGUCGUCCUGCUCUACGUUUCCAUCCACCCUCCUUCUCGGGGAUUUAUUUCAGCAUCCAUGCAGAUUCCACCAGCUGCAGACUCGCUGCUGAUUUCUGUUCCCUCUCAAAGCCCGUCUGCUACUUCUCCUACAUCUUAAAGAAAAAAACUUUGCAUGCGGUAUUUUUCACAGCAGAGUUGAGAUGUAUCAAGAGUGAAAUGGGGAUGAAGUGGCUGUGUACACAUGCAUCAACUGCUGCUGAUCCUUAGAUCAACGACACCUGGAGGUGAUGCUGGGAAACCGUCAUAAGAAUGUAUUGGCAGGAGGCAGCGUUACUCUGCUUCAUAUCCACUUCUUUUUCAAUUUAGUGUUUUCGCGCUUUUCUGAUUCUGACUCCACAUCACUGACAGCAUCACACACAUCUGGAACCUCAGGUAAUAUGUAACAAUGCCAGAGGACGUCUCUGAUCUUAAUCCCAUCUGAAUCGACUGUGUCGUGAUUUGUAAAGUCAGAAUUGCACCGUAAAUAAUUCUGGUAACACAAAGGUUCUGAGAUAAGACUAAGCCAGUGUCAAUCAGCAUCGCAGUUUCUUGUCACUUAAGAAUUAUGAAGGAUGUUCCAUGAAUCCAAGUUUGGGAGCAAAGUGGGGACGUAGCUGAACUAUUCACCCGUUUAGACCAGGGAUUAAAUCAUCAAAUCAACCAUUAAUGUGUAAAUCUGGGUAAGUGAGGCUCCACUUCAGUCUUCAUGUUUUGCGUAUUUAAAUGGGGGUGUGGUUUUAUGUGGAUAUUUUUUUAAAGCUAAGUUUUUGUACAGCACAGAGGCCAACGCCAUUAAACAAGAAGAAGAAGAAAUGGGGGCGUGGACGAAGAUGGGUGGGGGUGCUCCGACACGUGACUCAAUUCCUCGAUGAUUGGGACACAAGGAAAAAGUGCUUGGAUUCAUGUGUACGCGGAUUCUUCAUACGUCAGGAUUUUUGGUUGACCAACGUUUCUGGUUUUGAGGUUACGUACAUGAGGCCCCUGGUCUGGACCCUGAGGUUCUGGAAAGAGCUUCAGGCCCCUGGUCUGGACCCUGAGGUUCUGGAAAGAGCUUCAGGCCCCUGUAGUCAGCUACACAUACUAUAGAGUCCAGCACUGAGACCAGCCUCAUCUAAAUAACCACUGACCUGCUUAUUGCUGCAGACCCUGGAAAAACCAGCAUCCUCCUCCUCCUUGACCUCCACCACUGUCCUCGUCCUUGGCAUCACCGGCUCAGAAUCUAUCCAACCGGUCUCAGUUUUAUUUGUACUGUAGCUCUGGAUAAAGUGAGGAUACAUUUUUGGUUUGUCCUUUGUGGACUUUCAACUGUAAAUUCUUCCUCAGUAAAAAGAUUGUGAUGUGACUCCUUGGAAAGAAGUUUCUAAAAAUGAUCAUCUAUCAUUUUAACAGCAACUUCAAGAAAUAAAUUAGUCUUUUUAUCUUUUCUGGAGUUUAUUGAAAUAAAAUCCACCUGCAGACACAAUAAAGACACUGACAUCAAACUAUAACAGUCAUUACAUGUUCAAACUCACUCUGACUUAAUCGAUAUGAGAAAUAAAACUGAUUUACUGCAGUUUUAACAAUAAGACAAGAAAAUACUGAAUGAUAUGAAAUGUGUUGAAGACGUCUGGGUGGAUUAUUUAUGUCUGUCUGCAACAUUUAAUUCAGAUUGUUUGUAAUUUAUUCAGAAGCUCUGACCUGUGCUACGUACCACAACCUGAUGAAGUCAUGUGACGCUUUAAAUGAGGUAACCCACUUCACAAUAAAAGCCUGUUAGGAGGAAGGCUUUUAUUGUGAAACAGGAGUAAGUGGUUAAAUUAAGACCUGAUUAAUUAGUCUGAACAUGAGCGAUGCUUCCAGAGACACACAGGUCAAACAAAAAAGACGCUUUAACACUGAACACAAGUUUUCAGUCGAUGAAAACAAACAAACACAAAAUUGUAGUGUUUCUACAUUAGUUUCUACAUUAGUUGGGUCAAAAAGUGUUUUUUCCACAAACCAGAACCAGAUGGAUGGACAGACAGAUAGAUAGAUAGAUAGAUAGAUAGAUAGAUAGACCUCAGGGUUUGGAGUGUUAACGGUGAAAAGUCUGAGUUGAGUUCAGUAACGAUGAUGAUGAUGAUGAUGAUGAUGAAGAUGAUGAUGAAGAUGAUGAUGAAGAGCAGCCAGCACCUGAUUCCUAACGGUAACGAGUCCAGUGUCCUCAGUGAGACCAGGGUUCAGGUCCUCAGACAUUUAAA